UACACUUACGUUGACCGUCCUCUGAUUAAUCAUUCUAUUGAUAGUGUGUAAAUGAACGGACAUGACAGCAAGCAGACAAUAGGUGGGAACAUUGCUGAUACGAGUGGACAAGCAACUGGUAGUGUUAGUCAUCUUGGCAUUAUGCAUGAAACUAUCGCAGUCUGUUGAUGUGGAGUGCAUUGGAGGCAAGGGAGAACGGGGUGUUCCCGGAGUUCCUGGUCCUCCAGGAAGACAGGGACCAGUAGGAAAACAAGGAGCAGCAGGAAUUUCAGGCGGCACCGGCUUGAAGGGUGAGGUAGGAGCUGAAGGUGCAGUUGGUCCACCAGGUAAACAGGGAGUACAAGGUGUGAUGGGUCGUGCAGGUCCACCCGGACCUCAAGGUCCUCCAGGGAAAAGUGGAAUGAUGGGUCCACCGGGACCCAGAGGUCCUCGAGGACAAACGGGAGGACGUGGAGAGAAGGGGGAACGAGGAGUGGAGGGUCCAAGAGGUUUGGCUGGAUUAGAUGGCAUUCCGGUAUUGUUAUGUCAAUUUAAUGUAUAUCUUGUUGAUGGACUGUGUGUGUUGCUUGUACAGGGUGCUGCAGGUCCCAUCGGACCCGUAGGAUCACGUGGACCAUUAGGAGUGAAGGGUGAUCGUGGAUUACCUGGAUCAAAGGGAGAAGCCGGACCACAAGGUCGUCCCGGUCCAGAGAUGAGUGAAGAUGUGUUGAAACGCUAUUUUUCUCCAGUCAAGGGACUGGCAGAGAGGAUGAAAGAACUGGAGGAUUGGAAAGAAGAGUGGACAAAGAAUGAGAGUAGAGUGACUGUUGCAGCACAUCUUGUAGGAUCAUCAGUCGCUUGGUAUACUAUAUCAGGUGUGAUAACCUACUGGCAAACAAGCAGUCCAUCAUUCUUACUGGGUGCCAUCACAUACAGCAAUGGAGCUCUUACAAUUCCAUCUGAUGGUGUUUACUAUAUUUAUACACAUCUCUACUUAAAUGCCAAAAAUGGCAAUCACAUUCAACCUUACAUCAGAAUAAAUGGCAAUAUUGUCUUGUACAUUACAAGCUACCAUUAUAAUGGUGAACAGAAAACCAAGCACUGUGGUCUACUUCAGCAGCUGAAAAAAAGUGAUAGCGUUGACAUAUAUGGUGGAGGAUAUCGACACCUCAUGGGCUCUACUCAUUCAGUUUUUGGUAUUUUUAAAAUCGACUAGAAGCAUGUUGUUGAGAAUGAGAAUGUCAAUUAAUUAAGUGAUAAGUGUGAGUGUCAAAUGACUCUCCAUGUGAUCAUGUUUAAUUGUAAUUGUAGUUGUGACUGUGUAUGUUGGACUGUAGUGUGACCAUUCAACCCUAAUUUUUGUUUGUUUCAUUUCUGUUUAGUUCCAUUUCUAUAUUAUUAGCAAUAAAUGUUCAUCUCUUUGUCUCAUCUCUUGAAUAGAAA